AUGACUUCCCGGGACCAGCUGGUGCAGCAGGUGCUGCGGGAGAUGCAGGAAGCGGUGGAGUCCGAGGGCCUGGAGGGGCUCGUGGGUACCGCCAUCGAGGCCAAGCAGGUCUUGUCUUCUUUCGCCCUCCCCCGAUGCCGGGAGGGGGGCCCCGGCCCACAGGUGCUGGAGGUGGACUCAGUGGCCCUGAGCCUGUACCCGGAGGAUGCCCCACGGCACAUGCUGCCGCUGGUGUGCAAGGGCGAGGGCAGCCUGCUGUUCGAGGCGGCCAGCAUGCUGCUGUGGGGCGACGCAGGUCUCAGCCUGGAGCUCCGCGCCCGCACCGUGGUGGAGAUGCUGCUGCACAGGCACUACUACCUCCAGGGCAUGAUCGACUCCAAGGUGAUGCUGCAGGCCGUGCGCUACUCUCUGUGCUCCGAGGAGUCCCCCGAGAUGACCAGCCUGCCCUCCGCCACGCUGGAGGCCAUCUUCGACGCGGACGUCAAGGCCACCUGCUUCCCCAGCAGCUUCUCCAACGUGUGGCACUUGUACGCGCUCGCCUCGGUCCUUCAGCGCAAUAUCUACUCCAUCUAUCCCAUGCGCAACCUGAAGAUCCGGCCCUACUUUAACCGCGUCAUUCGGCCGCGCCGCUGCGACCACACGCCCUCUACGCUGCACAUCAUGUGGGCGGGCCAGCCGCUCACCAGCCACCUCUUUCGUCACCAGUACUUUGCCCCAGUGGUGGGGCUGGAGGAGGUGGAGGUCGAAGAUGCUGCCAGCCUGGCCCCGGCCCCUUCAGCCCUGGCACCACUGCCGCCACCAGCCAAGACUCUGGAGCGGCUCAACCGCGAGCCUGGCCUCAGCUACUCACACCUCUGUGAGCGUUACAGCGUCACCAAGAGCACCUUCUACCGUUGGCGGCGGCAGUCCCAGGAGCACCGGCAGAAGGUGGCCACCCGCUUCUCGGCCAAGCACUUCCUGCAGGACAGCUUCCACCGCGGGGGUGUUGUGCCGCUGCAGCAGUUCCUGCAGCGGUUCCCCGAGAUCUCUCGCUCCACCUACUACGCCUGGAAGAACGAGCUGCUGGGCUCUGGUGCAUGCCAGGCCCCGGACCCCAGGGAGGCGCUGGCCAUGGAGGAGCUGGAGAACCUGCCAGAGGAGCAGGGUGCCAAGGGGCUGGGGUGCCCCCCGCUGGCAUCAAGCCCUGGAGUGGUCUUAAUGCAACGGGCCAAGUUAUACCUGGAGCACUGCAUCUCCGUGAACGUAAUGGUCCCCUAUCGCUGCUUCAAGCGCAGGUUCCCUGGCAUCUCCCGGUCCACCUACUACAACUGGCGCCGAAAGGCCCUCCGGAGGAACCCCGACUUUAAGCCGGCACCGUCCCUCUCAGCAACCGGGACUCCUCAAGCAGCCUCCGUUGAGGAAGAGUCUCUGCCUCCCUGGAAGGGUGAGGUGCCAGAGGGAGCAGAGAAAGCAACAAGUGGGGGGGCUCCUGCGGCCCGGGAGUUCCUGCCCCCGAGAAUGCCACUUUCCCGCUGGCAGAGGCGUCUGCGCAGGGCUGCCCGCAAGCAGGUGCUGAGUGGGCACCUCCCCUUCUGCCGCUUCCGCCUCCGCUACCCCAGCCUGUCACCGUCCACCUUUUGGGUCUGGAAGAGUCUCGCCCGAGGCUGGCCAAGAAGCCUGUACAAACUCCAGAGGGAGGCCCCCGCUUUGGGCAAAGGCAGGGCACAGAAUGCAGAGGGGAAGCUGGAGAAGGAAGCUGGCAAGAGUGUGAUGGCUGCAACGACCCCACCCGAGGGGGUUUUACAGAUGGGGGCUACUCCAGGAGAGGCUCAGGGAGGGCCUUCCCGAGAGGGGGCCAUGGCCCAGGGCCCACCCCAGGGUAGGUCCCUAUCCAGCUACUCUGUGGCAGCAGGUGAAAGGGAUGGCCAAGUGCUGGUGAUGGACAUGAUCACAACCACAAAGUUCAAGGCCCAGGCCAAGUUGUUCUUGCAAAAGCGCUUCCAGUCCAAGAGCUUCCCCUCCUACAAGGAAUUCAGUGCCCUCUUUCCCCUUACUGCCCGCUCUACCUACUACAUGUGGAAACGGGCACUCUACGAUGGCCUCACCCUGGUUGAUGGCUAAUAGGGGUGGGGAGGCUUCCUACAGGCUGGGAGAAAGGAGGAGCAGUUGGAUUGGGUCCUGGACCUGAGUUGCCUCCUGGGCCUACCAGGAUGUCCUUUGCUGUGGCUCCCACAGUGUCUACCCUGGAUCCAAGGUGUGUUUGUGUUAUUUCCUGGCUUCAGGGAAGAGAGAGCCAGAAAUCAGCUACCUGGUCUCCUGCAGAGAGCUACUGGACCAGGAAUGUUCUCUUUAGUUGGUUUAAUUUUAAUUUUUAUUAUUGCGUUUUGGUUUUAGUUGUUUGUUUUGAUUUCAGUGGGAUGGAUGGGCCCCAUGUUGGUGGUGUUGGCCACUUUAUGUGUGUAUGCGGGGCGGGGAGAGGGAUUGGUUAGCUGAAGGUGCUUUCUGCUUUUGGUGGGGGCAAAAGGAGUGUUACAGUGUGGCCAUCUGUCCUGUCGGGCAGGAUAUAUGCCCUCAGUUCCUUUUGAGGGUUGGCGCCCUUCUUACUCAAAGAUAUUUCUCAAAGGAAUGUUAGAAUCGAGUGUGGGUCAGGUCAGUGGCUUCCGAUGCUCAGCCUGAGCAGAAGCAGAAAUGUACAGGAAGAACCAAGGAUGGCCUCUAAGGGAAGGUCAUGGGCCAAUCAUCCUGGGCUGGCCUAUCCCCUGCCCUGGCAGGAGGAGAUGCAGGCCCUGUUUGUGGGGGAGAAGACCCAGAAUCUCCUCUUGCUGGUGCCUGAUCCAUCUGCUGUGGACCCUGCAGUCCUCUGUAGCCUGGCUGGCUGUUGGUGACCCGGACUUUCUGCUGGUCUCUCCCCAGCACAUCCUGCCCCAUCUUCAGAAAAGGGACCACACAACAACCAGCGGGUGGGAGACUGACCUUGGAUUGUCCCAGAAUGAAGUUGGAAAACCACAAAAAUAAAGUGAUGUGGCACCCACAACCCUUGGUCUCUGGUGUUUGUUUUGCCAGGAUAUGACUGCCCAUUCCCACGUUCCCUGUUGGUUCACUGGGAUUGAAAGUGGUCAUUCUCUUUCCAGGUGGAGGGGUUGGGGAAUGGAAAGAGACAUCCUGGGGACUAUGCUUAGAGUUAGGUCUAAAAGUGAUCUUGGUGCUUCCAGCUGGAACUGGAACUGGGACUGGGACUGGGGCUGCCUGGAAAAACACCACUCUGCAACUGGAGAAAUCUAGCCUUUUACGUGUACUCAGAGGCCAGGCCGGCACUGAAUCCGAAUCUGAGUCAUUGCGGGAUUUUCCAACUCUAAUGAGCCUCACUUGAG